UCAAUCUCAAUUCGACAACAUUUUGGCAGUCAUCUUUAGCACAAGCGCGCGGAUGUGAGAGAAGAGCAGAUUGGGGCAUUUGCUCUUUUUUUUCCUUACAGCCAAGGAGUAUUUUGGUGGUUCUUUUAUUAUUAUUUCUCUAAUUCUAACCUCCCAGAAACACUCUGUACCAUUUGGCGUAGCCAGCCUCGUGGAUUUUCUUUACAGAAAGUGGAUAUUCGAGAGGAAAAAUCAGCAGGUGUGUGUGAGCUCGGCGGGGAGACUCUGACUUUUCGGCGCGGACUCCGCCGUCACCCCCCACGCGAGCUGCUAGAAUGAUGUCAUACCUCAAACAGGCCCCGUACGCCGUGAACGGCCUGGGGCUCGGGGGCGCGCCCAUGGAGCUCCUGCAUCCUUCCGUUGGGUAUCCGGCCAAUCCCCGGAAGCAGAGGCGGGAGAGGACCACGUUCACGCGCACGCAGCUCGACAUCCUGGAGUCUCUGUUCGCCAAAACGCGUUACCCCGACAUCUUCAUGCGCGAGGAAGUGGCUCUGAAGAUCAACCUGCCAGAGUCCAGAGUACAGGUGUGGUUUAAGAACCGGAGAGCUAAGUGCAGGCAGCAGCAGCAGAGCAGCAACAGCAGUAACAGCGGCAGCGGAGCUAAAAUCCGGCCUGCGAAGAAAAAAGCCUCUCCAUCACGCGAGAGUCCCGGGUCUGAGAGCAGCGGUCAGUUCAGUCCUCCAGCCGUGUCCAGCACCAGCUCAUCCUCAUCCUCGUCCUCUUCAUCCUCUUCCAAUUCCAACCUGGGUGGACUGGGCAUGAGCAAUAGCUCCGCCUCUGGGGCCACGCCCGUUUCGUCUAUCUGGAGCCCCGCCCCUAUAUCACCUCUUCCGGCUCCUCCUACAGUCCCGGAUCCUGCACCUCCUACCAGUGCUUCCUGUAUGCAGCGCAGUGUUUCAGGAAGUGGAGGCCCAGCUGGAGUAGCCUCGUACCCCGUGUCCUACAACCAGACGCCCGGUUAUGCCCAGAGUUACCCCAGCACUGCGUCCGGUUCAUAUUUCGGAAGCAUGGACUGUAGCUCCUACCUGGCGCCCAUGCACGGCCACCACCCACAUCACCCUCAGCUCAGCUCCAUGGCAGGCACCGGGGUGUCUGGGCACCACACGCACCCGCAUCACCCCCACCACCUCGGGCAGAGCAACGGGCACCACCACCCUCACCAUCACCCGCAUGCACACACACACCAGGGUUACGGUGGUGCGGCUCUGCCCUUCACCUCCUCAGACUGUGUGGAUUACAAAGACUACAAAGACCAAGCUGCUUCGCCAUGGAAACUAAACUUCAGUGCAGACUGUUUGGACUACAAAGACCAGGCGGCUUGGCGCUUUCAGGUCCUGUGAGGAGAAGUUGUUGGUUUUUGUUUGUUUGUUUUAGCAUUUUAGUUUCAUUUAGAAAGCCACCGCACCAGAACAGAAAUUCCUUAUUGUGCUCUAAAGACAUUUAUAAAGAGCCGCAAGAACUGGGGAAGGUGGAAACUUUCUAAAAGAGGAGAUACUCUAGACUACUCUGUACUGGUGUUGCAGGAUUAAUCCCAUGCCAAAGGUCUUUGGCCAUCAGCUCUGACGUCUGUCUGCCUUUACCGCCUUCUACACAAGGAUCUUCUGAAGACUUUUCUCUCUCUCACCAGUUUGUGGAGGGGAAAAGAAAUUCUCUUCUUUCCUCCUGAAACCUAACCUGGUGUAAUUGGGUUUUUGAAAGACUAAAGAGAUCCGCAAACCCCUCUCCAUCUCCUUGCCUUCCUCAAUCCACUGCAACUCGCUGCACUUGGACUUCUUGUGUGUGUUUUUAUGAAGGCAAUAUGUAGAAAAUAAAAUGAUACACUGCGACUGUCCAGCAACAGAGUAAACAAAAAAAUGUGAACCAAACCUGUUUCCUGUGAAAUGUUGGAAAAUAAAAUGA